UCAACUUUCCUGCUCUUCUGUCUGGCCUGCUGUGUUAUUCCAGCUCCACACUAUGUUAUUCCUAAAAAAGGGCUGUCGCUGGACAGCUUUAAAGUUGUUCAUCUCAUCUGGCAGAAUUUCAGCCGGUGAUUCACUUCCCGGUCAAGGAACAGUAGGCGCCCACUGGGAACUCGGAGAGAAGUCAAAGGUGUUUACCAACUGCCUGUUUGAAGGAGAUAGUUGAGGACCACUGUGACAACACCCACUGCACAAGAAACAGAGCAGAGCACAUCUUAAAGUGAUGGAUAUUCUGACUGAUGCAAAUAAUUGCUUUGCGCUUGACCUCUACCUGAAGCUCUGUGAAGAGACAAGAACUGAGAAUAUUUUCUUUUCUCCAUUAAGUAUAUCAACAGCUCUGGCUAUGGUGUUCCUUGGUGCUAAAGGCAACACCAACAAGCAGAUGGCUAAGGUGCUGCAUUUUGGUGGCGUUGGAAAUGUUUGUGCUGGAUUCCAGAAGUUGCAGUCAGAUAUGAAGAAUCUCAACACUGCCAAUCUGCUGAAGGUGGCAAAUGGCCUGUACAGAGAUAACAGCUUCGACUUGCACUGUGAGUAUCUCGAAUCCAUGUCAAAGUUCUAUCAAGCAGAACUCGCUGCUAUUGAUUUUGCAGAAAGAUCAGAAGAGGCCAGAGUCCACAUCAACGCUUGGGUGGAAGGGCAGACAGAGGGCAAGAUCCAGAACUUGUUAGCUCAAGGCACAGUUGAUGCGGAUUCAAAGCUUGUUCUCGUGAAUGCCGUCUACUUCAAAGGCAAUUGGGAGAAGAAAUUUGAUGAAGAUAAUACCGAGGAGAGGCCAUUCAUUGUCACCAAGAAUGAAUCUAAACCAGUGAAAAUGAUGUGUCAGAAAGGAACAUUUAACACAGCGUACAUUGAAGAGGUUGCAACCAAUGUCCUGGAGCUGCCUUAUACUCAGGACGAGCUGAGUAUGAUCAUCCUGUUACCUGAUGAAAUUGGCGGAUUAGAAAAGCUGCAGAAGAGUCUCACGUACGACAAGCUGUUGAAAUGGACCAGCGUGAAAAAUCUGGAUCCUUCAGAAAUAUUUGUUAACCUGCCCAAAUUCAAGCUGGAAGGAAGCUACGACCUCAGGGCUACACUUGCCAUCAUGGGAAUGUCAGAGGCCUUCGAUAGGAGGAGCGCCAAUUUCUCGGGAAUGACAGGGACACGUGACCUGUGUUUGUCCAAUGUUAUUCACAAGUCCUUUGUGGAUGUGAAUGAAGAAGGAAGUGAAGCAGCAGCCAGCACAGAGGCCACUCUGUCGUUUCGGUGUUUCAGCUCAACAGGUGAAUUUAUAGCGGAUCAUCCUUUCCUAUUCUACAUCAGGCAUAAUAAAACUCAAAGCAUCUUAUUUUUGGGCCAGUUCUCAUCACCUUAGCCAGAACUUUUACUUGUCCCCCUUGUAAGCUUAACUAUCUGCUUUAAUGUCCCAUGUACCAGCGUCUAACACUGACAUGGGAUGUUGUAUCAUUAUCAUUUAUAAACCACUAAUAAGUUCAUUUAUAGUGACUGGUAAAUGUUACUUUUGUUUCGUAUUAAACUCCAUGUAAUCUUA